AUGACGGGGGCUGGGCCGUCCACCGCGGGCGGGGACUCGCGGCCGUGGAUCGAGAAGUACCGCCCAAAGAGCCUGGACGAUGUAGCGGCGCAUGCGGACAUCGUAUCGACGAUUCGGAAACUCAUGCAGGAGGACAGGCUGCCGCACCUUCUGUUCUACGGCCCGCCCGGUACGGGCAAGACGUCCACGAUCCUCGCAGUGGCGCGGGAGAUGUACGGCACGUCGCUGUCCAACAUGACGCUCGAGCUGAACGCCUCGGACGACCGCGGCAUCAACGUCGUGCGGCAGGAGGUCCAGGAAUUCGCCUCCACGCGUCGCAUCUUCUCCAGCGGCUUCAAGCUGGUCAUCCUGGACGAGUGCGACGCCAUGACCAAGGACGCGCAGUUCGCCCUGCGCCGCAUCAUCGAGAAGUACACCCGCAACACGCGCUUCUGCCUCAUCUGCAACUACGCGUCGAAGAUCAUCCCCGCGCUGCAGUCCCGCUGCACGCGCUUCCGCUUCGCGCCGCUCCCGCGCGAGGCCGUCGUCGACCGCCUGCAGCACAUCGUCGACGCCGAGGGCGUCCAGAUCGACGGCCCGGGCAAGGAGGCCGUCAUCCGCCUCGGCGCCGGCGACAUGCGCCGCACGCUCAACAUUCUCCAGUCUGCCCACAUGGCGGCGGGCGCAAUGCCUGGCAUGCCCGCGAACGUCACGGAGGCGUCCGUGUACAGCUGCACGGGGUCCCCGCUGCCCGAGGACAUCGACGCCGUCGCGCGGCUGCUCCUGAACGAGCCCCUCGCGCACUGCAUGGCCGCAGUGAAGAGGGCGCAGCUUGACAAGGGUCUGGCGCUGCCGGACCUGCUCCGCGAGCUGCACCCGUUCGUGAUGCGCAUCAACAUGGGCGCGGAGGCGCAGGCGGACCUGGUCGAGGCGAUGGCGGACAUUGAGCACCGGCUCGCGUUCGGGACCUCGGAGCAACUGCAGUUAGGGGCGCUGGUCGAUGCCUUCGUGCGCGCGAGGGGGACGAUCCACGCCGCGGCCGCGUGA